AUGUUAUUGUUAAGUUAAUGUUCUUGUUGAAACUUUAACCAGUUAAGCUGAAAGUGACGCUGUUAACGAUCGUGAAUGAAGGACAAAUGUGGAAUAUUUUCUUCGGAUGUCGUAUAUUUCCAGUCUGCAGAUCUGGUGUCCAUCCCACAACAAUUCACCAAUAAAUACUGGGAAUAUUCCCAUCAUCCUACAAGAGAAGGACAAACUCCAGGAGUAGCAGCUGAAAUCUGUGUGACUGUUAAAGAUGGAGUUUAUUAAAGAGGAGAUUGAAGACAUGAGUGAUCCAGAACCAUCCAGAAUAAAUCAUGAAGAUACUGAGGAACAAAUAGACUGGGUGGAAGUGAAGCUAGGACAUAAACUGGAUGAAGGCGAGGAAGAUGAUUGUACACAGUACAUCUGCUCUCAGUGUGGAAAGAGUUUUUCUCAAACAUCAAGUCUCAGUAAUCAUCUGUGCGUUCACCCUGAAGAAAAACCAUAUAACUGUGAUCAGUGUGGUAAAAAAUUUAAUUCAUCAUCACAUCUAAAAAAACACCUGAAAGUUCAUUCAGAUGAGAAGCCUUAUGAGUGUUCUCUCUGUGGAAAGAGUUUUUCAAGGCUGGAUCAUUUUAAACAACACCAGAAAACACAUGAUGAAGUGAGAGAUCAUGUGUGUUGUGAGUGUGGGAAGAGCUUUACUAGAGAUGACUAUCUUAUACGGCACCAAAGAACUCAUACUGGAGAAAGACCUUACAAGUGCUCAUAUUGUGACAAGAGUUUCACUCAGUCUGGACACCUGAAAGUGCAUGAGCGAGUUCACACUGGAGAAAAGCCGCACCAGUGUACUCUGUGUGGAGAGAGUUUCAAAAAUGCGAUAGGUCUCAGCAAUCAUCUGUUCAUUCAUUCUGGAGAAAAACCAUUUAACUGUCUUCAAUGUGGGAAAGAUUUUUAUUCAUCAUCAAAUCUUAAAAAACACCUGAAAGUUCAUUUAGAUGAGAGGCCUUAUGUUUGUUCUGUUUGUGGAAAGAGUUUUUCAAGAAUGGAAAAUUGCAAACGGCACCAGAAAACACACAAUGAAGUGAGAAAUCAUGUGUGUUGUGACUGUGGGAAGAGCUUUACUACAGCUGAGCAUCUGAAACAGCACCAAAUAAUUCAUAUUGGAGAAGAACCUCUCAAGUGCUCAUAUUGUGACAAGAGUUUCACUCAGUCUGGAAACCUGAAAUUACAUGAAGGAGUUCAUACUGGAGAGAAGCUGUACUACUGUACUCAGUGUGAGAAGAGAGUUUUAGACAUUUACCAAACUUUCUCACAGAUAUGAAAAAAAAAACUGCGAGCCUUCCAAAUACCUCAGAAGUACAGUGUGAGAAAAUAUAGUUUUUGCUUAAUUUUGGGAAUUUGGCGAAAAGAUUGGAAAACUAGAAAGACUUAAGAGCUGAAGCUUCACCAGUCAAUAA